AUGAAGCGUGGCAUACAGAAUCAAAACUAUAUAAGUGGUAACGCUGUUGGUUUAAAGCACUUGAAAACAAUGAAACUUUGGUGUUUAUUCAUCGUGGCUGCGGUGUUCAUUAUCAACGUGAAAGCGACACCAAGAGAAACGGAAUACUUAUCUGACACUGAGAGCAAACGAAAUGUCAAUAGUAAUACAGGAAUUCGAAAAGAAGAAGAAGAUAGGCGUGAAGAACAGAAAAAGCAAAGAUUAAUUGAUGCUGAGAAUCGAAGAUUACUCUUCUUUGGUUCGAUUGGUGGAGCGUCAGGAAGAUCUGAUAUACAAAUACCACAAACUUACAUAAUCGUCAACAAAACGGCCGAAACUAUUAAAUCUGAAAAACGAAGGAAAGAUGCUUUAGCGGCCAGAUUGUAUCAUAUAAAGCAAUCUAUCAGUAUGUUAUAUAAACACUUGCAUUUUUUAUCAUUACGUAUUUAG